AUUUUACUGUCAUUUUUGCUGUCAUACUACAGGGGUCCCGCCCCGCUAGGUGGCGGUAAAGCUGUGUUGUUCUGCCUCGCACCGCCGCCUUUGUACAGCCGAGGAAGCCAACAUGGCAGCCACUAUGAAGGGACCUGUAGCAGUUGAAGAUGUGAAUGUCACUUUUGAAGACCAACAGAAGAUCAAUAAAUUUGCCAGGAACACGAAUCGGAUGACGGAGCUGAAAAAUGAAAUCGAGGCAAAGAAAAAAUCGCUGCAGAACUUACAGGAUGCCAGUGAUGACCUAAUGAUGUUAGACGACGACACUCUAUUGAUCCCAUAUCAAAUUGGCGACGUCUUUGUCAGUCACACGCAGGAAGAAACACAAGAGAUGCUUGAGGCUGCAAAGGAAACACUGGAGCAGGAGGUCAAAGGCCUUGAGGAACGAGUGUCAGCGAUACUGCAAGUAUUGGGGGAUCUGAAGGUCCAGCUCUAUGCCAAGUUUGGUAACAACAUUAACCUGGAGGCAGAUGAAAGCUGAGCUGUGAAAUGGACAUUGACAGCUGCCCCCAACACAGACUUUUUCAUGCAGCUCUCGUCUCAGAUCUACAGAGCGUUUGCCAAACAAAACAUCAAGUAGGACUCGGCAUGAGCAGCUUUGAUUUGUAGCUUGUAGCUUUCGUUUGCACCGGAUGAUUCAGCUUUGGCAAACAAAUUCACAGUGACAAAAAAAGUAAACAUAUGGAGAAAAAAAACACUGACUAAUUUUAAUUGAUCCCUAUUUAAUGCUCAUGUAUUUUUACUUUGUUGAUCAAACUGAAGUAAAGAACAAGAAAAAAAAAACAGCUGUGUAGAAUUUUUAACUUCUGGAAAUUUCACAUUGUGAACUUGUUAUAUUUGUAAGCUCACUUUGUGUUUGAUCACCCUGAAGGUUGGAAAGAGUCAAAGUUGUGUGGCCUCUGCACCAAUAACUGAAAUCCUCAAAAGUACCUUCAUUCAUAUCUGUUUGUUGCCACGUCAAGUCAAAUUCAUUAAAGUAGUACCCUCUGUUA